AUGGAGCCCCUUCCCCGCGCCGGCGGGAAGCCCCUCGCGCCCGCCGCCGCGCACCAGCCCCGCGAGGUGCCGGGCGCCCCCGGCGGGCGCGGUGCGCUGUCCCCGCACCUGCGGCGGGAGGCGGCGGCGCUGGCGGCGCUGGCGGGCCCGGUGUUCCUUGCCCAGUUGAUGAUCUUCCUGAUCAGCCUGGUCAGCUCCAUGUUCUGCGGACACCUGGGCCAAGUGGAGCUGGACGCCGUCACCCUCGCCGUCUCGGUUGUGAAUGUCACUGGGAUUUCAGUUGGGACGGGCUUAGCCUCUGCUUGCGACACGCUCAUGUCUCAGUCCUUCGGCGGGAAGAACCUGAAGCGUGUGGGGGUCAUUCUGCAGAGAGGGAUCCUCAUCUUGAUGCUGUGUUGCUUUCCCUGCUGGGCCAUCUUCAUCAAUACUGAGCGCCUCCUCCUGCUCUUAAAACAAGACCCCGAGGUCGCCAGGAUAGCCCAAGUCUACGUGAUGAUUUUUAUUCCUGCCCUUCCUGCAGCCUUCCUGUUCCAGCUGCAGAUGAGAUAUUUACAAAGUCAGGGCGUCAUCAUGCCCCAAGUCAUUACCGGGAUUGCCGCGAAUGUUCUCAACGUGGGCAUGAAUGUCCUCCUGCUGUACGCCCUGCGCCUCGGAGUGGUGGGUUCUGCCUGGGCGAACACCACCUCCCAGUUCUUCCAGUCUGCCCUCCUUUUCCUCUAUGUGUGGUGGAAAAGAAUCCACGUCGACACCUGGGGAGGUUGGACCGUGGACUGCUUGCAGGAGUGGGGCUCAUACACCCGUCUGGCCAUUCCCAGCUUGUUCAUGGUGUGCAUCGAGUGGUGGAGCUUUGAGAUCGGCACUUUCCUUGCAGGGCUGAUCAACGUCACAGAGCUUGGGGCCCAAGCCAUCGUUUACGAACUGGCCUCUGUAGCCUACAUGGUGCCCCUCGGCUUCGGGGUGGCAGCCAGCGUCCGUGUGGGCAACGCCCUGGGAGCUGGGAGCGCUGAGCAGGCCCAGUGCUCCUGCACUGCCGCUCUCCUGUGUGCCGGCAUCUGCGCGCUUGUGGUGGGCGUCCUGCUCACAGCUCUGAAGGAUGUGGUCGCCUACGUCUUCACCAGUGACAAAGAUAUUAUUUCCCUGGUGAGCCAAGUGAUGCCCGUGUUUGCUCCCUUUCAUCUAUUUGAUGCAUUGGCAGGCACUUCCGGAGGGGUCCUGAGAGGCAUGGGUAAACAAAAGAUUGGUGCUCUCUUGAAUGGCAUCGGGUACUAUGCUUUUGGAUUUCCCACUGGAGUAUCUCUGAUGUUUGCUGCCAAACUUGGGAUAAUAGGCCUCUGGUCGGGCUUGAUCCUCUGUGUCUUCUUUCAAGCCCUUUUCUACCUGGUGUACGUUUGGAGGACAAACUGGACAAGAGCUGCAGAGCAGGCGCAGGUUCGAGCUGGGCUAAAAGGGAGUAAAGAGACCGUCCCUCCCCCUACAGUUCUACCAAUGCUGGAGAGAGAAGUGCCCGGUGGAGUGAUCUUGCCUGAUAUCAUCGGACCGGAGAGCCAGACGGCCCAGCUGGUGGUUCUAGAAGAAGGCGGCACGCAGUACGCGGUGCCCACCGUCGGGCACGUCUUGACAACGAGGCAGCUGAUUUUCUACCGCGGAGCGGCUUUAGCGGCUGCUCUUGCUGUCUUUUUGGCCGGAAUUCUAAUAAGAGUUUUCGGGGACCGUGGUUAA